GAAGAGGCUGAUGUCGGUGCUGAGGGUCUUCAGGACUCGCCUACUUCGCCACGCCACGGACUGCGACGCGCUAACCACCCUGGAAGGAUCGACUUGAGGAAAUUGGAUACAGCUUUCAAGAGAUGGACAGAGUCCAUUGCCCAGAAGAUGAAACGCAAGAAGAAGACGGAGGACGUGUAUUCGAAGAAAGAGAUAUUCAGGAGCGUGUUUGAGCCGCAGGUAAUAGCGGUUCCCUCUACGACAUCCAUUGUGAAGACAUUGGACCAUAAACCACCCAUGACACAGGCCGAAUUCGAUGCAAUUGUGCAUUCUGUCAAACAAGCCAUCGCAGAAGGUAUUCAUCCAAAAAUGAUCACAAAGGGCUCUUCCGGUUCCUACUUCGCUCGCGCCAAAGUGGACGGGAGAAUGAUGACUGUGGCUGUCUUUAAGCCGAAGGAUGAGGAGCCGUAUGGACGCUUGAACCCCAAGACAACCAAGUGGCUUCAUAGGCAACUGCGCUGGAUCAUUCCGUUUGGGAGAGCUUGUCUUAUACCUAAUCUAAGUUAUAUCUCUGAAGCUGCGGCCUCGUUGCUAGACACGCGGCUUGCUUUGAACAUCGUACCACCGACACAGCUCGUUUCGCUUUCUAGCCAAGCGUUCUUUUAUGACUGGAUAGAUCGUACUGCUUUCAAGAAUGGAAAACCGUUGCCUGAAAAGGUCGGCAGCAUGCAAUACUUCUUGCAUGGAUAUCAAGAUUCAUCAGAAUUCCUACGAAAACAUCCCUGGCCUGGACGGUCUAUCGCCGAUACCUUUGAUGAUUCAACGCAUCGUCGAGGAACCUUCUCAAAGCGGUUCAUGAGCGCGCUGAAGGUUGUGUGCGGCAAGACCGGUGCCGAAGAAGUGUAUGAUGAUGACGCAGAAGACGAAAGAGUACUCUACGACGUGUCGGAGAGCAACGACUCGGACAGGCCGUUUUACUGGUCAUCUGCGCUUCAGCAGAGCUUCCGAGAAGAGUUGGAGAAGCUUGUCAUCUUAGAUUAUCUCAUGCUCAACACUGACCGAGGGGCCGACAACUACAUGAUCAAGUACUGCUCGGGAGACCACGAAAAGUCCCUCAUCGACGUUGCUCCUACCCGUUCUGAAAUGCCUCAAAUGAACGAGCUCCGCCGCCCGGACCUUUCCACCCUUUCCCCAGCCUCCGCCUCCUCUCCCAACAUGUCGUUGAAUACCUCCACACGUGCUAUGCGAUCAAACUCGUCACCCCAGCUCCCAUACACUCGGCAACCGCACAUUCAUAUCGCCGCAAUCGAUAAUUCGCUAUCGUUCCCACACGAACAUCCACAAGGGUGGAGAUCGUAUACUUACGGGUGGUUGUAUCUGCCUGUGAACUUGAUCGGGAGGCCGUUCAGCGAUCAAACGAGAAAUCACUUCUUGCCGUUGUUGACGAGUAAGGCGUGGUGGGAGGAGACGACAUUCCAACUGAGGCAGCUAUUUUCGGUGGAUCCAGAUUUCCAUCCCAAGAUGUUCAAUAGACAACUCGCAGUGAUUAAGGGUCAGGCUUGGAAUAUCGUACAAUCGUUACGACAUGACCAUUUAGGGCCUCUCGAAUUGACUCGACGGACAAAGGCUAUGGUCUGGGACGACGAACUAACACUUCCCGAAGACACCGUCACCGAGCUCAUCAAUGGCCCACUCUCCGCCUCCGCAUCCCCAGGCCCUUCAAUACAAACGCUUCCGCCAUUCCUCACUCCACAGAACCACAGACGUGCUCGAAGUUCAUCAAGCUCAGACUUCCCUCCGCCAAUGCCACUGCGUCGUACGACUUCAGACGUCAGACCUGUCCCCUUCAGCGCUAAGUUCCAGAGGGUACACCCAGGUACGACCGGCGUGACGGUAUUGGAGCACUUGGAACGGUUAGAUGCUGUCGAGGCAGGGCUGGAGAGGUUAGGAAUGCGGGAUGGUAUGCAAGACGAGAUGGAUGAGGAAGAGCAGGACGUUGGCGAUCUGGCGUCCUCAUCUUCAAAGUCACAGACGAAGCCUGAUGUGCCUGUCAUAGUCACGGACAACGGAAGUUUAGCGUCACGCCCAGAGGCUUCGGGAUCGCUCUCUGCUUCGGCGCUAUCGAGAGUUUCAGAGCUGCCUUCGGUGCGCGAGGCGGAGACCGAGUUGGCGGAGGAAGAUGAGGAUGCGGUGGAGGAUGUGGAUGUUGACUCGCCGGUGGACGAGGCGGGUAUGGCGGCAAUGUCGAAGUCAAUGUCGUACAUCGAUAUGGAUGGGACUGUGCCCAAACGAGGGCAUGGACAUAGGUUUACGACACAUGGAUCAGAGCAUGGCCCGAGGAGGAGUCUGGACUGGAUGCAAGAGGAGCCAACGAAGAAGAAGACAGUGAUUGCAGAGCGUCUGGAGAUGAUGGAGAAGAAACCAUUAUUUUCUCGGUGCGGUUUCUGAGAUGCUUGGGUAUGGUUAUGGACACGGAUUUUUGCACAUAUAUUACUACUCGUAUUGCAGAGCCCAGCUCAGAUGCUUUCAAGUCUCACGCCCCGUGGCGUACUUUGUGGCGUUUUGUAGGGCGCUUAUUCAGGAAAGGGAAGAAAGUAUAAGACUCCUACUUCUGUUGCUGACAUGGUCGCUUCUCUGUGGCUGAUUCAGGCGAAUAUGACAGUUCGAAUUUCCGAACAUGAAUCAUUCAGCAAUAUCAUCGCUGUCAGCGUCUAGGUCUCCCUUUACGAAGUCUUGACCAGAGCCUCUGAUCUAUGUCGACUACUAGAAUGUCAAUCAUCGACCGUAUAAAAGGCGACCAGCUACAAACCAUGGAACAACAUCCCAUUUUCCGACUUCUACACUUUCUCGGAUUCUCACCUAUACCUCAGCUGUCACCAUAUCGAUCUCGAUUUGGACGACAAAAUGAAUUCCGCCGAGAAACCUCUGUUGCUUUAUACUGGUCGAGUUCCUAACGGUUUCAAGGUCACCGUAUUACUCGAGGAACUGAACGCGGUGUAUAGCGGGCCUGCCUAUGACUGGACAAAUAUUGACAUUUGGACCAACGUCCAGAAGGAACCAUGGUUCAUCAAGCUCAACCCUAACGGUCGCAUUCCUACCCUCAUCGACCGCUCCCGAGGAAACUUCAAUGUGUUCGAGUCUGCAGCGAUUUUACUUUAUCUUGCGCAGCACUAUGACAAAGACGGGAAGUUCUGGUUCGAUAUUGCCAAGGAAGCGGACGAUUACAGCGAGAUGCUCCAGUGGAUUUUCUUCGCUCAUGGUGGUGUUGGUCCGAUGCAAGGUCAAGCCAACUGGUUCGUGCACUAUGCUCCGGAAGACCUACCCUACGCAAAGGAACGCUACCAGACCGAAACUAAGCGAUUGUACGGAGUUUUGGAGAUUCGUCUCAAGGACAGGGAUUGGCUCGCCGGACGUGGACGCGGAAAAUAUAGUAUUGCAGAUAUCAAUGUCUGGCCUUGGGUGAGGAUCCAUGCUUAUGCCGGUGUCCGAGACACUCUAGACGAGUGGCCGAGUCUCAAGGCGUGGCAUGACAGGAUCGCGGCUCGUCCUGCGGCUCAAGCUGGCAUUAACGUUCCUACUGAGAAUAAGUAAAGCUUCGAACUGGUGAGGCGGGGUGGGCUCACCAAGUUAUACAAAAUGUAGCAUCAGCCCUUUGAAGGCAGGGUUGCGGAGAAGGUCAAACUUGAUAAUUCUUGCGCUUGGACGAGAAUGUACUAUCUC